CGGGCGGGUGACAGCGGGCCGGGUGCCCCUCGGCCGGUCCUCGGACCGCAAGGCCUGCGGCUCCGGUGGGCACCGGCCGGCCGCCGGGCCUCUGGAUCCGUCCGAGGGGCACAUCCUCGAAAGCUUGGGGCUCGACGCCCCGGGGCGGGUGUGGCAGCUGCAGGCCCGUCUCCUAGAUACAUUCCUCGAGGGCAGGACGGUUUCUCCAGGGCCUGGCACGUGGUAGUCCUAGAGGCCCCCAGUGACCCUCAGACCGGCAGAAUGCACGACUGGCACAGGAUCUUUGACCAAAACCUGCUGGUCCCUCCCCACACACAGAGAGCACGCCAGCCUCUAAAGGAGUCGACGGCAUUUCAGUGUGUCCUGAAGUGGCUCGAUGGCCCGCUCAAUAAGCAGGGUGUGCUGGAGGUGCUGUCAGAGGUGGGCUGCCACCUGCGAGUGUCCCUCUUUGACGUGACCUACCGACACUUCUUCGGGAGGACGUGGAAGAGCCCGGCGAGGCCCCUGGAGCCGCUCUGCAGGCAGCCACCCAGGAUCGACUUCAGUGAGCCCUUCUAUUUUCACACGUCCUUGAACCACCCUAAUAUCGUGGCCGUGGUGGAAGUGGUCACUGAAGGCAGGAGACGGGACGGGACCCUUCAGGCUUUGUCCUGUGGGUUUGGAAUCCUUCGGAUCUUCAGCAACAACUCGGAAUCUCCUACGUCUGCCCCCCAGGACAAACGGUUGAGACUGUAUCACGGCAGCCCCCGAGCCCUCCUGCACCCGCUUCUCCAGGACCCCAUAGAACAAAACAAGCACAUGACCCUCAUUGAGAACUGCAGCCUGCAGUACACGCUGAAGCCACACCCGCUCCUGGAGCCCGUGUUCCACCUUCUUCCCGAGAACCUUCUGGUGUCUGGUCUGCAGCAGAUACCUGGUCUCCUUCCAGCUCAUGGAGAAUCGGGGGACACGCUCCGGAAGCCUCGCCUUCAGAAGUCUCUCACGUGGUACCUGGACGAUUUGUUCUUCACGAUGUAUCCCUCCCUGGAGAAGUUUGAGGAGGAGCUUCUGGAACUUGUGAUCAGCGAUCACUUCCGGGAGGCGGGCAGCCCCCUGGACAGUGGUGCCCUGGAGAUCUUGGAGCGGCGCCUGUGCGUGGGCGUGCACAACGGGCUGGGCUUCGUGCAGAGGCCACAGGUGGUGGUGCUGGUGCCUGAGCUGGAGGUGUCCUUGACGCACUCUGCCAGCUUCAGCCGGAGAGUUGGCGCCUCUUCGAAGGCCAGAUCUGGAAACCACACUCUGGUCUCGAGAAGCCGCCUCCAGCUCCCUGAGAUGGUCUGUCAGCCCGCGUUCACCAUCGUCUUUCAGCUGGAGUACGUGUUUAACAGCCCUUCGGGAGCGGACGGCAACGCAGCUGCGGUCACCUCCUUGUCGAACCUGGCGUGUAUGCACAUGGUGCGGUGGGCUGUCUGGAGCCCCGUGCUGGAAGCCAGCUCUGGGCGGGUGACGCUACCUCUACAGGGUGGGAUCCAGCCCAACCCCUCGCACUGUCUGGUCUAUAAGGUACCCCCAGCCAGCAUGAGCUCCGAAGAGGUGAAGCAGGUGGAGUCGGGGACAGUCCAGUUCCAGUACUCACUGAGCCCUGAAGGACACCUGGACACGCCCAUGGAGCACGCCAUUCGCCCCAAGGCAGAGCAGCGGCCUUCCCGGAAGCCACCCACCUCCCCUUCAAGCCUGCCAGCACCACCGCCCCGGGGGCUCACCACCCCCCAGGACUCACCAGUGGGACCAGGGAGACCAGGAUUUGAGAGACGGGUCUUCAGCAGAGCGAGGGCCCUCCACCUCUUCACACCAGCCUUUCAGUGCAAUGUUCGUUUUCCUCACCUGUCGCUUUCCCAGCUGGCGGCUUCCCCACAGUCCCCAGCUCAGCGCCGCUCGGCCGAAGCCUCCUCAAAGCCACCGGGGAGCCCCACGCUCUCCCUGGCCCCGGGGGAGUUCCCCUUGGAGGGCAGGAUUUCUCACCUGGAGGCUGACCUGAGCCAAACGGCCUUGGUCCCGGGCACCUCCACUGCUGAGCAGUUGCAGGAGCUGCCUUUCACACCUGUGCACGCCCCGAUCAUCGUGGGAGCCCGGACCAGGAGCUCUGGAGGGAAGCCGUCACGAGCCUCCCUAGCGCUGCUGCGGUCCGCCGGCUUUCCCGAGAUUCUGGACGCCAACAAGCAACCCGCCGAGGCCGUGGAUCCUACAGAUCCCGUGAAGUUCAACCCUCAGAAGGAAGAAUCAGACUGUCUGCAAGGCAACGAGAUAGUGCUACAGUUUCUUGCCUUUAGCAGGGUGUCCCAGGACGACCAGGCAGCGCCGUGGCCACAGACUGUGUAUUUCACCUUCCAGUUCUACCGCUUCCCCCCCGAGACAACGCCGCGGCUGCAGCUGGUUGAGCUGGACGAGGCCGGGAAGAGCAGCUCGGCCUCCCUGCCCCACCUCCUCGUCCUGAUUCACAAGGACGGCUCCUUUGAUGCGGGGUCUCCGGGCUUCCAGCUGAAGUACCUGGUGGGCCCUGGAUUCCUGAGACCCGGGGAGCAGCGCUGGUUCGCCCGCUACCUGGCCAUGCAGACCCUGCAGAUCGACAUCUGGGACGGAGACUCCCUGCUUCUCAUCGGAUCCGCCGCCGUUCAGAUGAAGCACCUCCUCCGCCAAGGGCGCCCAGCCGUUCAGGUCUCGCAUGAGCUUGAGGUCGUGGCGACAGAGCACGAACAGGACACCAUGGUGGUGAGUGGAGACGUGACCAGGUUUGGCUGCGUCAAGCCCAUCAACGUCCACACGAUGGUGAAGGGCCGGCUGCACCUGACCUUGGCUAAUGUGGGUCACUUGUGUGAACGGAGAGUGGGGAGUCCCAGCUCACUGCCACCUUCCAGGUCACGGGUCAUCUCGAAUGACGGAGCCACCGGCUUCUCGGGAGGUGGCCUUCUCACGCCCGGGGCUCCCAGACCAGUGAAAAAUGUGGUCCAAGCGCAGAAGCUGGCCGACGUGGACAGUGAGCUGGCCGCCCUGCUCUUCACGCCCCCGUGGCAGGGGACGCGGCGGCCCCAGGGCGCCGGCCGUGAGGGGGACGCCGUGCGCAGGCGCAAGCUGGAGCGCAUGAGGGCUGUGCGCCUGCGGGAGCGCGGAGCGGAGCCUGGCCGCUGCGGGCCGAGCGCGCUGGCCCAGCAGAGCAUCCGUGCCCAGCACGCUCGGGACCUGCAGCUCAUCGCCGCCUACCGGGAGCGCACCAAGGCCGAGAGCAUUGCCAGCGCGCUGAGCAUGGCCAUCACCACGCGGCACACCAUCCGUGCCACGCUGGGCGCCGCCGAGUUCUUUGAAUUCGCUCUCAGGAACCCCAACAACACGCAGCACACCGUGACCAUCUCGAUCGACAGCACUGAGCUCAGCCUCAUCCUGGACGGUCAGGAGUGGCGGUACUUCAAAGAGCUGUUCGGCCUGCACACGCCCCUGGAGGAGGACAUGUUCCACCCGCGGGGCAGCCUGGCCCCCCAGCUCUUCCUACGCCCCCGGGAGAUGGUCCACAUCCCCUUCAAGUUCCAGACCUUCUCUGCGGGUCCGCGGGCCUCGGUGCAGGCCUCUGCUGAGCUGAGACUCGAGAAGGACAUGGACGCUGGGUCACCUCGUAAGUCCAGCACGAUGCCCACGAAACACGCCAAGGUUCUGUUCUGCGCAGCCAACGGCAAGCCCCUCGCCGUGCUCUGCCUGACCGUGGAGCUGCAGCCCCACGUGGUGGACCAGGUCUUCCGCUUCUACCACCCAGAGCUCACCUUCCUGAAGAAGGCCAUCCGCCUGCUGCCCUGGCACACGCUUCCAGGCAGGUCCCGCUGUCCCCACGGCUUGCAUUUGGCAGGUUCGACAGGUGGAAAAGGUGCUCCUGCGGGGAUGCCCGGUGAGGAUCCCCCGGUCUACGUACGAUGUAGUGACCCGAAUGUCAUUUGCGAGACCCAGAACAUGGGCCCCAGGGAGCCACAAGACGUGUUCCUGAAGGUGGCCAGUGGUCCCAGCCCGGAGAUCAAAGACUUCUUUGUCACCAUUUACGCGGACCGCUGGCUGGCGACGCCCGUCCAGACUUGGCAGGUCCACCUCCACUCCCUGCAGCGCGUGGAUGUCUCCUGUGUCACAGGCCAGCGGACCCGCCUGGCCCUUGUCCUCCGGGGGAUGCAGACAGUUAGGAAAGUGAAGGCUUUCAGCUCCCACCCCCAGGAGCUGACGACGGACCCCAAAGGCGUCUUCGUGCUGCCCCCUCACGGGGUGCAGGACCUGCACGUGGGCGUGAGGCCCCGCAGGGCGGGCAGCCGCUUCGUGCACCUCAACCUGGUCGACGUGGACGCCCACCAGCUGGUGGCCUCGUGGCUCGUGUGCCUCUCCUGCCGCCCACCCCUCAUCUCCAAGGCCUUUGAGAUCACGCUGCCUGCCGGGGCCGGGAAGGGCACCAACAAGCGUAUCACCUACACCAACCCCUACCCCUCCCCGAGGGCCUACCGCCUGCACAGUGACCAUCCCCGCCUGCUGCAGUUCAAGGAGGACGCCUUCCAGGUCGGGGGAGGCGAGACCUACACCAUCGGCCUGCGGUUUGCGUCCCGUCAGACGGCCGGGGAGGAGGAGAUUCUGAUUUACAUCAAUGACCACGAAGACAAAAACGAGGAGACGUUUUGCGUGAAGGUCAUCUACCAGUAAAGGAGCGGCGGGGGCCGUCCUGCCGCUGUUCGGGGUCAGGCUCCUGUCCCAGAACUCGGCACCGUGGACUGGGCUGAGGGAGGUGGGGGUCGCCGUGCCCCUAGCCGUUUGCGAUGCUCCCACCCAGUCAGGCUGCUGCCAGUACCGACCGCGUAGCAGCCCCGCUGGAGUCCUGACCGUGAACGUGCGCACCCGGUGUACCCGGGGCCCGUUUCUCUCUGCGGCACACGGGGGACUGUCGCCAUCUGUGACGUUAGGAUUUACUGUCAGCAAAAUGUAUUUUCUGAAUCAUUUUAAAUGAUAAAAUUACGUUUUUAAACUGAGUUUUAUACAAACACUAUUAUUUGCUAUGUAAUGUUUCUUAUGCUGGUAUUAUUUCACAUCUUUUAAAAACGUUGUACGAAAUACUAAAUUUUUACACGGUUUCUCUUU